AUGGUACCCCCAGUACACCAUGGUACCCCCAGUACACCAUGGUACCCCCAGUACACCAUAGUACCCCCAGUACACCAUGGUACCCCCAGUACACCAUGGUACCCCCAGUACACCAUGGUACCCCCAGUACACCAUAGCAUCCCCAACACCAGUACCCAGUACACCAGUACCCCAUGGUACCCAGGUACACCCCAGUACACCAAAACCCCCCCAGAUCACGGUAAACCCCCCGUACACCAUAGAACCCCGUACACCAUGGUACCCCCAGUAAACCAAGUACCCCCAGUACACCAUAGUACCCCCAGUACAACCAUGUACCCCAGUACAAACCCUAGUACCCCAGUACACCAUAGUACCCCCAGUACACCAUGGUACCCCAAUCCCCGGUACCCCCAGUACACCAUAGUAACCCCAGUACACCAUGGUACCCCCAGUACACCAUGGUACCCCCAGUACACCAUGGUACACCCAGUAACACCAUAG